CCCUCCUGGAGGCUCUGUACGUGGCAACGACGAAAACCCCUCUGUCCUGCUCAUAACCCCGGGGUGCCGAGAGAAACUGCGUCCACAUACCGAAGUGUGACGGCACUGUUUAAAUCUCACGAGAAGAAAGGUCAUUGAAAGAGACAGAAUGAGGAAGUUCCCGUCUUACAUCCUCUGGGCUCUUCUGUGGUGCUGCUGCUGUCAGACAACACAGGCAGAAAUCUUCACUUCCAUCAGCCAAAUGACAGACCUGAUCUACACAGAAAAAGAGUUGGUCCAGUCUCUGAGGGAGUACAUAAAAGCAGAGGAGUCUAAGCUUGCUGCUGUCAAAAGCUGGGCCAAUAAACUUGAUGCUCUGACAAGAGUGUCGACCUCUGACCCAGAGAACUACCUGGGCCACCCAGUGAACGCCUACAAACUGAUGAAGAGACUCAACACAGAGUGGUCUGAACUGGAGACCCUGGUGCUUCAGAACCCCUCUGAUGGGUUCAUUUCCAACAUGUCCGCGCACAGACAGUACUUUCCAGAUGAGGAGGAUGAAACGGGUGCAGCCAAAGCGUUGAUGCGUCUUCAGGACACGUACCAGCUGGAUUCUGAGGCGUUCUCCAGAGGAAAGCUGCCAGGUAUGCACUCCAGUGCCCUGCUGACGGUGGAUGACUGCUUCGACAUGGGAAAGACGGCUUACAAUGAUGCAGACUAUUACCACGCUGUGCUGUGGAUGCAGCAGUCCUUGAAACAGCUGGAUGCCGGGGACGAGGCUGUGGUUUCAAAGGUGGACAUUCUGGACUACCUGAGCUACUCUGUGUACCAAAUGGGAGACCUACCUCGAGCCAUUGAGCUGACACGCCGACUAGUGGCUAUUGACUCCAGCCACCAGAGGGCAGGAGGAAACCUCCGUUAUUUUGAGCGUCUACUGUUCAAGCAGCUCAAUGAGAUGAACCAGGCCUACGAGCCCGUUUCGGAGGAGCCCAUCCAGCUGGGAACCUACAGCAGACCUAAAGACCAUCUCCCAGAGAGGGAGGCCUAUGAGGCCCUCUGCAGAGGAGAGGGGCUCAAAAUGAACGAAGCAAGGCGCAGCCGUUUGUUUUGUCGCUACCAGGAUGGGAAGAUGAACCCACGUCUCCUGCUGAAGCCCAUGAAAGAAGAGGAUGAGUGGGAUAGCCCCCACAUUGUGCGCUACCUGGACGUCCUGUCAGACGAUGAGAUCCAGAAGAUAAAGUCGCUGGCUAAACCCAGGCUUGCCAGAGCGACUGUCCGUGACCCCAAAACAGGCGUCCUGACCACAGCCAACUACAGAGUGUCAAAAAGUGCAUGGUUGGAAGGAGAGGAUGAUCCCGUUAUUGAUAGAGUCAAUCAGAGAAUAGAAGACAUCACAGGCCUUGCAGUAGACACUGCAGAGUUACUACAGGUUGCUAACUAUGGAGUUGGGGGACAGUACGAGCCACAUUAUGACUUCUCAAGGCGCCCUUUUGACAGCAACCUCAAGGUCGAUGGAAAUAGACUUGCUACGUUCCUAAACUACAAAGAUGAGCCUGAUGCUUUCAAAAGAUUAGGCACUGGAAAUCGUGUGGCAACUUUUUUGAACUACAUGAGUGAUGUCGAGGCAGGAGGUGCCACGGUCUUCCCUGACUUCGGAGCAGCAAUCUGGCCUCGAAAGGGUACGGCAGUGUUCUGGUACAAUCUGUUCAAGAGCGGGGAGGGCGACUAUCGGACCAGGCACGCAGCCUGUCCUGUCUUAGUAGGAAGUAAAUGGGUGUCAAACAAGUGGAUUCAUGAGCGAGGUCAAGAGUUCAGGAGGCCCUGCGGCCUGACAGAAGUGGACUGAAGUUUGACUUACGCCGAAGGAACAUGCGAAAACACUCACUCACAUGCACACACACACACACACACUCACCCUCAGCAGUGCCUUAACUCUGGCAAUGAUGCAACUCACACACACACUCUACAACACUUACAGUACAGAACUCAGUUUUCCAUCAUGCAUCCCUUUACCACCCCUGCUUUAUUCAAUAAGUGAGUCAAGCCACAGAUUUAAUAAAAACGUACAGUGAAUGGAACCAAGCUGUUCAAGUACAGUCUUGGUUUUGAAAUUCAGUUAGUGGUAAAAACUGCCAAAUCUUGCUUCCAGAGGUGCCAAAAUACUAUCAGGAGAACAGUUUGUCCCCCACGCUGCUCCAGGAGGCUUUGUCUUUACACAUUCAGAAGAAACUAUUAACUUUUCAAAGUAAAAGCAUUAGCAUAAGCGGCGAUACAGAGAAGCUCAUAGCUAAUAUCUGGCAUUAAAAACACCAAAACAUACAGGAGGCACGAUGGAAAGGUCGGUGUGAUUUAUCAAUUUAAUAUGCACAUUUCUGAAAGAUUAAAAGUUUAGUUUCCAUUUAACAUAUUUCUAAAUAAGAAGUGAAGAAAAUUCUGGUAGCUUUUAAUAAAGAAAAAUGAUUAAUGCUUUUGGUGGACUCAGACUUGUGGACCCAACUGUAGACUUUGCACCACAAUCAGAUAUAACACCAGAGUUGACUAUUACUUCCGCUUCAUGAAGCCACAACCAACAUUUUCAAGUUGUUAAGCAAGUUUUUGGAAGAGACUGAAAACAUAAAUAGAAAUAUUUUGCUGCCAGCUGUCACAUAUGUCAUUUUACAUAAAUACCUUGGUUGCAUAGUAAAGUUAUGAGCUGGUGUUGGCUCUUUUUAGAGGUUAACAUGGGAACCACACUAAGUAAAACAACAAUUAAAACAGAAGAUUUUUAGUUACAAGUCUUUUAGACACAAAUUGGCCUAAAUGUACCUUCAUUGCUAACAGUUUUGUUUUGUGAUUUUAAUGUCUCUACACAUUGUGUCACUCCAUUCUUAAUCAUUUGCACCCAAACUGUUUUAUUCUCAUUCAAGCCUGACAGAGACGUACAUUUCCUCCAAAACAUGUCCACAAUGUCUUUAUUUAUAGUGUUUAAAUUAUUACACUGUUGUUAUAUUGUGUGCUCUUUCUACAAGAUGGCAAACAAGCAAGUCAAUAAACAGUGUCUUUUA